AUGGAAAAUAAUGAAAUUAUUAAUAAUGAAAUCAAGAAUUCUAUAAUGAUUGAUUCGAGUACCGAAACUGAUCAAAAGUUGUAUAUUGAACAAAGCAAUUAUCAUAUAGAUGAAAAUGAAAAUAAUCAAAUAACAAAAUAUGAACAAGAACUUAAACAAAAACAAAUUGAACUGAAAAAAGCUCAAAUUAAUUAUGAUAAAUUACUUAAAGAAUUUAUUCAAUCUCAAACAGAUUUUCAGGAGGUACAUAUUAAACUUAAAUGUCAGUUAAAAGAUGAAAAAUUGGCAAAUGAAGAAAAAUUAAGUUUAAAAGAAGAGGAAUUAAAUAAUCAUUUUAAAAAUGAAUUACAAACAAUGAAACAAUUAUAUGAAAAUAUAAGAUCAAAAGAAUAUAAUGAAUUUAUACUUGCUCAAAAUAUUCUAAAAUCUAAAAUACUUGAAUUACAUCAACGUUUAUUAGGAUGCUCUUGUAAAUCAUCAACAAUAUUGAAACAGGUAAAAAAUAGCAGAUUAUCAGCAAAUAGUCAAUUAUUACCAGAGAUUACUAUAAGUAAUAAACAAAAUUCUAUUUUUGAUAGUUUAUCCUCUUCAUCCUUAUCUCCAUUACCAGCAACAGGAACUCUGUCAGAACCAAAAUUCAUUUAUAAUUAUGAACAUAAUCUACUUUCUGAUCAACUAUCUUCACAAAUUAAAGAAAACAAUCGUUUCAUAAAUGAAAAUAAAGAAGAGAAAUUUCAUUUGCCAACAUUAACUAUAUAAGUGAUAAAAAAAAUUUGUAAUAUAAAAGAGAAAAAUAGAAAACAAAACAUUAUUUAAUUAUGUAGUGUACUAACAAGUAUAAACAAUUAUCCGUAAAGUUAAUUAACGUAUAAAAAGAAACCCAGACAUUUCGUCAUUGAGAAUUUACAC